CUGAGUUGCGGGAGCGGUGGGGUGCGGGGUCCCUCCAGCUCCGGGCAGGCGGGCGGGAAGCGAGGGGAAAGGAGGAGGCGGCUGCAGUGCGGAUACCGGCAGGGGAGCCGCUUUCCCCACCUCCACCGCCGGCGAAGGAUCGCGGAGCCGCGGCCGCUCAGCCGGCUCCAGUCGCUUAGGUCUGUUUUCUGUUUACAAGCCUGAAGAUGGCUGCUGCUUCUUCCUGCAAUGUGGAAGAAGACGAGAGCCUGAAGGGAUGUGAACUCUAUGUUCAGAAGCACAACAUCCAACAGAUUUUAAAAGAGUGUAUUGUGAACCUUUGCAUAGCAAAGCCAGACCGACCCAUGAAGUUCCUCAGAGAACACUUUGAAAAAUUAGAAAAGGAAGAAUGCAAACAAAUACUGGCUCGGCAGAAAUCCAGCUCCCAGUCUGACUCUCAUGAUGAUGAGGUUUCCCCUCCUCCUCCCAACCCCGUGGUAAAAGCCCGACGCAGGAGAGGGGGGGUCAGUGCAGAGGUGUACACUGAGGAGGAUGCUGUUUCUUAUGUCAGAAAGGUUAUUCCAAAGGACUAUAAAACUAUGACUGCUCUGGCAAAGGCCAUCUCCAAGAAUGUGCUCUUUGCUCACCUUGAUGACAAUGAACGAAGUGACAUAUUUGAUGCCAUGUUCCCUGUUACACACAUCGCAGGAGAAACAGUCAUACAGCAGGGUGAUGAAGGAGACAACUUCUACGUGAUUGACCAAGGCGAGGUGGAUGUUUAUGUCAACGGGGAGUGGGUCACCAGCAUCGGAGAGGGAGGCAGCUUUGGGGAACUGGCAUUGAUCUAUGGAACACCCCGGGCUGCCACUGUCAAGGCCAAGACAGAUCUCAAGCUCUGGGGCAUCGACAGAGACAGCUACAGACGCAUUUUAAUGGGCAGCACCCUGAGAAAGAGGAAGAUGUAUGAAGAAUUCCUGAGCAAGGUCUCCAUUUUGGAGUCCCUGGACAAAUGGGAGCGGCUGACAGUGGCUGAUGCACUGGAACCUGUCCAGUUUGAAGAUGGAGAAAAAAUUGUUGUGCAGGGAGAGCCUGGUGAUGACUUCUUCAUUAUUACAGAGGGCACAGCUUCUGUUCUGCAGCGCAGGUCUGACAACGAGGAGUACGUGGAAGUUGGAAGGCUGGGUCCAUCAGAUUAUUUUGGUAAGAAAAUUCAGUUAAGUAUGGGUCAGAAAGACAGGCACAUGGAGCUGUAUCAAGUAGUUACUGUCUUCAUUAGUGUUCUACUCUUUUAAAUGUGAGGGGUUAUGUGUAGGUCAGCCUCUGCUGCUGGUGAUACUGAGGGAUUUCAGAGAAGCUGAAACCGUUCCUUGGUUUACACCAGUGUAGCUGACAGGAGACAGAACCAGAAUCAGCAAAACAGUCUGAAAGCAUUUGUUUUCAAAGGCAUUUUACACGCAUGCAUUAUGCAUGUGUAAUGCAUUUGUACUGUCAACAGAAUUAUGUUAAGUGUCUAUCAAGAGAUACGUAAAGGGAGAUGCUCUACAACCAAAGCAUCUGGG